UUUGCGCAUGGGAUAUACUUAACGUUUUUUCUAUAUUCAUUGCACCGCCAUUGCAAAAAGUUUUAUUUCCCACAGAUAAAUUUUACCCAUUUUCCUAGAUGGAGAGAGAGAGACCUUCUUAUAACUUGAAAAGAAGCAAAGGCAUGCCCAGAGGGAUGGUGUGAGAGAGAUCAUGGCAUUCACAUUGGAGAUGGAGACCAGUAGCAACGGCGGCAGCGGAGGCUGUUCAGGUGAAGAGCACGAACACCUCCACCACCAUCGCCACCGGGCGGCAUUGUGCGUGGAGUCGCAGAAGGCGGCGCCGGCCCCAUUCCUGACCAAGACGUACCAGCUGGUGGACGACCCCCGCACUGACCACAUCGUGUCGUGGGGCGAGGAGGACGCCACCUUCGUCGUGUGGCGGCCACCCGAGUUCGCCCGCGACCUCCUCCCCAACUACUUCAAGCACAACAACUUCUCCAGCUUCGUCCGCCAGCUCAACACCUAUGGAUUCAAGAAGAUAGUGGCGGACAGAUGGGAGUUUGCUAACGAGUACUUCAGAAAAGGAGCGGAGCACCUCUUAUGCGAAAUCCACCGCAGGAAAGCCCCGCAGCACCACAACCAAGACCAUCCUCCGCCGCCGCCCCAUUUCUUCCAACCGGUCGACGAGAACCUCUGCUGGCCGCCAGCCGACCCGCCGUUCCCGACGCACCCGAACAUCGACGUCCUCGCCGCGCUGACCGAAGACAACCAAAGGCUGAGGAGGAGGAACCUGAUGCUGCUCUCGGAGCUCACCCACAUGAAGAGUCUCUACAACGACAUCAUCUACUUCAUCCAAAACCAUGUCAAGCCCCUGCCUCACGACCCGGCGAACAACCACGGCCACCUCGACGGGAUCGGAGUCCCUACGCUCAUUGAGUUGGACUCGGAUCAAGAAGGCGACGUGCGCUCGAGGCCGGCGACGCUCAAGAAGGCCGGGCGAUCGGGCGAGGAGGCCGGUCGAGGUGGUAACUUCAAGCUCUUCGGGGUGUCUUUGAGCGGCAAGAAGAGGCUGCAUCCGGAAAAGUUCGAUCGACAAGAGCAGCUACAACUGUGACAUCCUCUUGGUCAUAAAAAUUCAUGAACUAACUUAUUAGAGAGAAAUCGAUCGAAAUUGAAAAGGACACUUCAUGAUCGAUCAAGUAUGCAACAUUUUGGACUUUUCAAGUUAUCAUAUGCUCGCUUAGGCUCUCUUGCUUUGUGAAGUUAUUAGAUGAACUUUUUUUUAUGA